AUGUCUGCCCGCCCGCUCCCGCCCUUCCUGCCGGACAGCGUUGAGUCAUUCCGCGACCAUGCCCCGGAACACCUAGACGACUGGUUCGAGUACUUCCGGAACGUUUAUACCUACGCCGAGAGCGCCCAGAACCGCAUAUCUCAGCUAGAGAAUGAGGCCCAGAACACGAAGGAUAAACACCAAGGACUCGAGCAAUCCAUGCAACAAAUCACCGCUGAACGUAACUUCGCUCGAGCCCAGCUCGAGUACACCGAACAACAACAUGAGAAGGCCCUGAAGAGGAAGGAUGAUGACAUCUUUGAGGCCCGCCUCGCUGAACGCCGCGCCCUCGACGCCACCCGACCUACUGUACCUACUAUACACUCGAAACUAAAAGCUAAUCACGAUCGAUUCCCGACACGCCUUGCCCGAAUGUCCUAUGUAACUGGCCGUCUUAAGGGACGCGCCUAUGCCCAAGUCUUACCGCAUAUUAAAGCCGGAGAAUGCCAACUCCCUGAUUACCAGGAUAUUAUUAAUCUACUGGAACGCGCUUUUGGAGACCCGAACCGCAUUAAUAAUGCCCGCGCCGAACUGUUCCGCCUCCGCCAGACUCACAAGGAUUUUAGCACCUUCUUCGCCGAGUUCCAACGCCUUGCACUGGAAGGAGAAAUGUCAGAAGAGGCCCUGCCUACCCUGUUAGAGCAAGCCGUUUCCCGAGAGCUACGCGGAAUGCUGGUACACAACCCACCGUCUACCCGCGCCACGAAAGACGAAUAUGCCUCUGAAGGAACACCCCCUGACGCCCAGGAAGAAAUCCCCGUCGCCCCGAAGGGGAAGAAGCCCUGA